AUGUUAUUAUGCUGCAGAAAAAUCAACCCCAUAGUGCCAGGAAACCAAACACAAUAUACUGAAUUUAUCCUCCUGCGAUUUUCUGAGAAACCAGAGCAGCAGGGGCCCCUCUUUGGCCUGUUUUUAGGCAUGUACUUGAUCACAAUGGUUGGAAACCUGCUCAUAAUGUUAGCCAUUGGCUCUGACUCUCACCUCCACACCCCCAUGUACUUCUUCCUUUCCAAUUUGUCCUUUGUGGAUCUCUGUGUGUCAUCCACCACAGUCCCCAAUAUGUUGGUGAGCUUCUUGGAAAAAAACAAGACCAUCCCCUAUGCUGACUGUCUUUCCCAGAUGUAUUUCUUUAUGGUUUUUGGUUGUCUGGACAAUUUCCUCCUUACUGCAAUGGCCUAUGACCGAUUUGUGGCUAUCUGUCACCCACUGCGCUACUUAGCCAUCAUGAACCCUAGGCUAUGUGGCUUACUGUUACUUCUUUCCUGGAUUAUAAGUCUUCUUGUAUCCCUUCUUAACAGUUUGAUGGUAACAAGACUCCAUUCCCCAAGAAACCAAACACAAUUCACUGAAUUCAUUCUUCUGAGAUUUUCUGAGAAACCAGAGCAACAAGGGCCUCUCUUUGGCCUGUUCUUGGGCAUAUACUUGAUCACAGUGGUUGGAAACCUGCUCAUAAUGUUGGCCAUUGGAUCUGACUCUCAUCUCCACACCCCUAUGUAUUUCUUCCUUUCCAACUUAUCCUUUGUGGAUCUCUGUGUAACAUCUACCAUAGUUCCUAAUAUGUUGACGAGCAUCUUGACCCAAAACAAAACCAUCUCUUAUGCUAACUGUCUUGUUCAGAUGUACUUCUUUAUAGUUUUUGUUGCUUUGGACAAUUUCCUCCUCAGUGCAAUGGCCUAUGACCGUUUUGUGGCUAUCUGUCAUCCUUUACGCUACACAGCCAUCAUGAACCCUAGGUUGUGUGGCUUGCUGGUGUUGCUUUCCUGGCUGUCUGUUGUUUCCUUACUCUUUGGCACAGAGCUUGGAGUGUAUUUAAGUUCCUCAGUUACUCACCGUUCCUGGAAUAGCACAGUUGCCUCAGCAAUGUAUGUUGUAAUCACCCCCAUGUUGAAUCCCUUCAUCUAUACACUAAGAAAUAAGGACAUAAAAAAUGUCCUUAGGAAACUCAUUAGCAGAAUCACUUCUUCUCAGUGA